GUAUUUCUCAGAAUAAUGGCACAUAUUUCGAGAUGGUUGGAAGAAGUUAGUACUGAAGAUGACGAUAUACUAGAAAGUGACACUGAAGUGGAGCUAUGUGAUGAAGACUGUGUUUUCGAAUCACCACAUGAUACUGAUACCGAACAAGAAGGAAGUGAUACAGAACCAUCCUUGGAAAGAAGCGAGCCAAUUACUAAUCAAACUUUAGACUCGGAUUUCGAAUCGGAAGAUGAUAUACCUCUAAGGCCGGGUUCCCACUACGCCGGACCGGCAGAUCUGCCGAAAACCGGACACCGGACAGAGUGUUCACAUUACAUCGGAUCCCGGAAGAAAUUCAGACAGUCCUCAGUUGAAUUUGGACCUGCGCGCACAAUGGACGACGAAAUUGUUGUGUUGUGGUGGUAUCUUAAUAGAAGGCAAAAUAAAAGAAAACAUUGGGUACACCCUAUUUUACGGGAAAGAUUUUCACUUGGAACAUUUGAAACAUUAAUGGGUGAACUUAGAAGAGACGAAUCAAAGUUCUUCAAUUAUUUUCGAAUGACAGCAACCACUUUUGACGAUUUACUGGGACGACUAGACAUAAGAGUACGAGAUACAAGUUUCAGAGAAUGUAUUUGCCCAGAACAAAGAUUAGCCAUAUGUCUAAGAUAUUUAGCUUCAGGAUGUUCAUUCAAAGAAAUACAUUACUCAUACAGAGUAGGCGUUUCGACAAUAAGUAAACUAAUAAAAGAAAUGACCCACGUCAUUUGGGAAAACCUAAAGACAGAUUUCCUUAAGCUGCCUGAUACUGAGAGAGAAUGGGAGGACAUCGCUUCAGGAUUCGAAAGAAAAGCCAACUUUCCUCACUGUCUUGGAGCAGUAGAUGGCAAACAUAUCAGAAUUUUGAAACCAGCCAAGAGUGGUUCUAUGUUCUUUAAUUACAAGGAGUAUUAUUCUUUUGUAUUAAUGGCAGUUGUCGAUUCAGAGUACCGAUUUAUUUUUAUUAGUGUGGGCUCAUUUGGCAAGGAAUGCGAUUCUAGUAUAUUAAAGGAUAGUACAUUUUGGCAAAAGAUCAAUGAUGGUACUUUAAAUGUACCAAAGCCUAGACCGCUUCAUGAAAACUUGCACGAAGAAUUACCGUUUAUACUUGUUGGCGAUGAAGGCUUUGCUUUAACACCUAAUCUCCUACGUCCAUAUGGAGGUACACAUUUGAAUACUGAUAAAAAGAUUUUUAACUAUAGACUAAGUCGAGCAAGAAGGUAUGUUGAGUGCGCUUUUGGUAUUCUGGCAAAUAAGUGGCGAAUAAUCCAUCGAGCUAUAGAUCUCAACGUAGACACAGCAAUUCAAGUAAUUAAAGCUUGUGCAGUCUUACAUAAUUUUGUAAGAGAAAAAGAUGGUAUAAAUUUUGAAAGUUACCAAAAUAUAGAACAUAGACAAGAACAAGAAACUACACCCAUGAAUCGAAAUGUGUCGAGUCGAGGUGGCCCUAAUGCCAACGCUAUACGGACAUCAUUUACUAAUUAUUUUGUUUCAGAUAUUGGUUCCGUUCCGUGGCAGGCAGCAGCUAUAAAAUAAAAUUUAUCAAUGCAUUUACAUUUUAUCAAUAAAACAUUAAAAACUCA